AUGCAAGGUGCCAAAACAAGCUCUACCUCUAUGACCAAUAGCCUCAAACUAUCUCAGUUUGGAAGUGAUCCUAUCCUUGAUCCAUCUCUUUACAGGGGGCAUUUGAAGAGAAUACUCGGGUAUUUAGUUGGUUCUCUUGACCAUGGUAUUCAUCUAACUAAAUGCUCUAGUUUUGCUGUACAAGCCUUUUGUGAAGCAGACUGGGCCUCUGAUCCUGAUGACAGAAGGUCUACAAGUGGCUAUUGUGUUCUUCUUGAUUCCAACCUUGUAGCAUGGAAAUCAAAGAAGCAGCAAACUAUCUCUCGAUCAUCUACUGAAGUUGAGUUUCACAAUCUAGCUGCUCUUGUAACAGAUAUUACCUGGCUUUAA